CCUCCCCGCGUUCUCUUCAAACACAAACCAACAACCAACCAAAUUACUUAACUCUUGAACACUAAACAGAAACACAUUCGUUACAAGUUAACUCUCGCGUCAUAGAAUAUUCAAGUGCUAAAACAUUUUUAAAUUAAUUAUUAUCUGUGUAGUAAUUAAAUUUUAAAUUCAAAUAUUUAUAACUCAUAAAUUAAAUUAACAUCAAAUUGAUUUAUGAAUUAGCAGAUGACAAGUCAAUUUAAAUCUUGUGUUUUCAGAAAUUUAUUGAAUAUUUAAAAUAAUUAAUUAAUAAUUAAUUGGGUAAUUAAGACAAUGGAUGAUGUAUCAGUAUCAAAGGGAGUAUUUGCUCACAAAGGAAAUUACAAAAUAGGAAGCGCGCGAAAAAAAUCACAAGCAAAUUUAAAUAUUUAUGACAAUGAGCUCUGGUAUGAUGCUUACAAACAUGUUUGGUCGACAAUUAAAACCUGUGCAGAGGAAAUAAAUAACAGUAUGUUCAAACAAAUAUUGAUUGAUAUUAAGAAAUAUAUAAAAGACAUAAAAGAUGAUGAUAAUAAUAAUUUUUUAAACGAAAUAUCAACAGCUAUUUUAUUAACCGGUGUAAAUCUUCCGGAUCAUGAUGAAUUAUUUCGUAAAUUGUCACUGCAAAUAUCGAGUAUCACUAAAUAUAUUGCUGUUAUACAAUCGAGGGACUCGGGUAGCAUGAAAUCAUUGAUAGAAGAAAUGAUUUUUCAGUUGAUAAAUGGAUCUGAGGAGGAAGUGCUGGUGAAAAAAAAUCAGUGUACGUUGAGAGUGUUAGAGACUUGGUACAAAGAUAAAUCUAUGGAAAUUCCGCUUGUUAUUGUUAUCCCGGAUUUUGAAACUUUUAAUCCGAUUAUACUUCGUGACUUUAUAUUGGUCUUAAGCUCGUACAGAAAAACCAUAAAAUUUGUAUUAAUUUUUGGAGUCGCGACAACUCUUCAUGCGGUUCACAGGUCAUUACCAUACGACGCGACGUCGAAACUCCGAGUUCAGGUUUUUUAUACACAAAGGCAGGACAAAAGUUUGUCAGAUAUUUUAGAGGGAACAGUUUUUUCAGGAAAAACAUCAUUCAUGUUAACAGGACGCGCAUUUCAAUUAUUAACCGAUAUUUUUUUAUUCUAUGAUUUUUCUGUUGAUUCUUUUCUACAAGGCUACAAGCUGUGUAUGUUUCAACAUUUUUAUGGCAACAGAAUAUCAUAUUUAUGCUGCGACCGUGAAAAUAUUGAAAAAGCUGUUGACAAAUUAUCGGGCGAUGAUCUAGAUGAAGUUAGAAAUUUACCUUCGAUUGUGAAGUAUAUAGAUAAUUGGAAAAUAGCGAGUAAAGAAAAUAUAACAGACAGUGCAUUUAAAUGGCUGCUUGUUAAAUUACUGAAAGAAUUCCACGAUUUUAAAAGUGGGUUUUUUAUUAUCCUAAAGUGUUUGCAUUAUUUGGUUUCUUCGCUACCCGGCGCACCCUUGGGUAAACAGCUUCGUGAAGUUUACGCCACAGCAGUAACGUGUGAUCUAACAGAAACUAACGAGUACAAAGAAUGUCUUAAACUUUUGAAUUUUCUUUCAAAAUCCGAGUUGAUAACGAAAUUAGAAAAUUUUAUUAAAAUAAUAAAAGAUAAUUCUGGGGAUAAAAAUGAUUUUAAUCACAUACUAAUUAAUCUUGAAGAUCGUUUGAAUAAAAUCAGAGAAGCAAGUUUAGAAAUUACAACAGAAGAAGUACAAACUUUAACUCCAACUUCAAAAUUAAGUCGAACUUCAUUUAGAGAAAAACUAUUAAAUAAAGCACAGGAACAUUCAAAGUCACCAUUCAAACACGCACAAGCCGAAUUAAUGAAUUAUUUAAAUAAUUUGAUGAUGAUUCAUUUGAAAAAUCCAAAUCGCCUACCAGCAAGCGAAAUAUUUUGUUUCAGUGAUGCUAAUGCUGGCAAACAUCAUUUACGUGGUUCAUUACGUGCUGCUAUACAUAUGGGAUUAAAUGAUCCAUCGAUUUAUUUAAAUUGCGACUGCUGUAAAUUGGAGACCGACCAAACGAUCCAACCGACGUUACCUGACCUCAGCAUUAUUUACAAACUACAUUUGGAGUCACGGAAACUGAUCAAUAUGUAUGAUUGGCUGCAAGCAUUUUUGAUGAUUGUCAAUCCUAAUGAUGAGUCAGAGCAAACAGAAGUCGAUCCAGAAAUACAAGCGCGUUUUACUCGAGCCGUUGCAGAACUACAGUUUUUAGGUUUUAUUAAAACGUCAAGAAGAAAAACUGAUCAUGUUAAACGACUUACGUGAGUUUUGAAAUUAUCUUUUUUGUAUUUUUGUAAUUUUUUAAA